AUGUCCUCAGCAAACAGAACAAUCGAGAUCCAAGCGGACUCGGAGUUGAUGAAAAACCAAAAGCAUGCUGCAAUAAUGGGCCGCCAGCAAGACUUCCAGUCCCUUCAGACGCGCGACGGAGAUGCCAUAUUCUUUUCAAUCGGGACUGACGGAAUCUUCUACGUCACGCGCGAGGCGCGAGCAUCUAGCAAUGGCUGGUCUCGUAAAGACCUUUCUUCAUCGACUUCAGACUCCGGAGCAGGUGCGGCAAAGGCCAAGUCCUUUACGGUUUCUCAAGACCCCGGCAGCUUGUCAAUCAAUAUCGCAUGCGUCAUGACUAAAGAAGGCAACGAUACACUCUACCUGUCCCAGGGUAACUCCAUUGACAGUGAUCAAUGGGCAACGGGAGUCGUGUGGCAGAGUGUCCCUUUUGAUGCUACUUCCGAUUCUGCACCAUCACCGUUCCUCAUCUCCGAUGUGUACAUGUUGACCCAGAAGGCCGACCAGGGCUCGGGAGACCUGACAAUGUUUGUGGACAUUGUUGAGACGCCCAAAAAUCAAUUCAAACUUCUCCAACGCUAUUACAUCGAGCCCGAAUCUCAAACGAAAUGGAUCAGGCACUCGCUACCAAAUGAUAUCGAGCAAGGGUCCAUUUCUAGCUGCUUGGGCCGACGUGAAGGCGAUGAUGUGGAUGGUAUAUACACACUGGGAAAGAUUGGAGGAUCACAAAGUCUCAUGUUCAAGCCCAAAAAGGAUCCCUGGUCUCCGCACAUCGAACCACCAUCUGCACGCUUAAAUUCUCCAUCAGGUGUGACAGCACUAUCUUCAUGUCUUACGAAGGAUGGGCUAUCAAAUCUUUUUGUGGCCGCUGAUGAUGGUCUUUUCCUAUUCGAGGCAGGCCCGCAAAAGAGCGACGUGGAACCCACUCUGAUCAUCCCAUCAUCCCCUGCCGGCAAAACCAAUACCUUUUCCGGAGCCACUUGUUUGAGAACCAGUACCAUUGGCACUAGAACGGCAGUUUGGGGUUUGAAUGAGCAGUUGGAUCUGAUAUAUACCACCUGCUUGACCGGCGAGGAGCCCAAGCCAGACCAGUGGUCACCGCCGAUGCGAAUUAGCUCUGGAGUGGCUCAAUUCGCAUUUUACCUCAACAUUCAGGUCUCAGCAAAUGUUGUGUUUGCCUUGAUUGGGGAUAAAAGGCUACUACAGCUCAAUCAAGAUCCAUCCUCCGGUGACUGGACUCAACGAAGCAUUACCUUGCCAGCCACCGAGCUCAAUGAGAUAUUUGAAGUCAACACCUUCACGACCCAUAUCAAGUGUACAGACCAAAACGGAACACCGGCAGCUCGCAGCAAGAUCUUCCUCCGUGCAAAACAAGAAACGCAAGCCACUGUGAAUGGUCUAUACUACAAGCUCAGUCCGGAUUCUCAGCUUGAAAUCGAGGCAGAUAUCACUGGCACUUUGACUAUCAUCCAGGAGACCCAUUCAUUGUCUGCAGCUACUAUCCAGCUCACUUCAGGAGACCAAACUCUCACAAUUGAUCCAAAUUCCAAGAUUUCUGAACGACUUUCUACAGUGAAAUCGGGAAGCGAUCUGAGCAAAGUCCGUGUCACAGACUCCAAAGGCCACACAAGCCCGCUUGUUCCUUCUGAUGUGUCUCAAAAUGACCAAGAAGUAGUUGCUAAGUCUUUAUCGAGACUACUGGAGAUACAGUCUACACUGCCUGAUGAGGGCUCUGAUAAAACCUUCGCCCUCGCCGCCCCACCACAAGACAAGCCUGUUCUGUGGGCAGUUCUCAGUGAUUCGCACCAGCUUCACUUUGUGGAAGACAGUCAUGCACUUUGCAAUAUGAGUGCGGCCAGUAGUCCUGCUCUUUAUACAUUGAUGUCCUCAGCAAGCCUAUCAACGCCCGCGGAUGCGAUCUUCACAGUUGCUGGAGAUUUGUUUUGCUUUUUGAAAGAUGCAUGGGAAGAUGUGAAAGAAUUCGUCGUCAGAAAGACAUCGGAAUUCUGGGAAAUCCUCGUUUUCAUCGGCGGGAAGGUUUACAAGGCCCUUCUCAACUCUGUCAGUGCUGUGUACAGUGCAAUUGAGUUUUUGUUCAACAAAAUAAAGGUUUUCUUUGAAAAGCUGGUGGCAUGGCUGGGCUUUAUGUUCAACUGGGGUGAUAUUCUGCGAAGCCACCGAGUUGCCAAAAACAUGAUCAAACUGUAUGCAGGGAGAGCAGUGGACAAGAUCGAUGAUCUACGCAAAAAUGUCCAGACUGGGUUUGAGGAUCUACGAUCGUUUAUCAAUGGAAACUCGUGGCAGAGUCUGCAAGAUGGAGGAGAGACAAUUGGACAGCAGCAGAAAGGGAACACAUCCAGAUUAUCAGGAGCUGAUAGCCCUCAAAGCAACUGGAUCGUUUACCACACCAACAAUGGUCUUACAUCUGCAGAAUCAGAACCCAGAGGAACCUUUUAUGGCAUGAACAAGGGCGCUGCUCAAAGUUUGCUCGAAAUCCUGGAAGAUGCGUUCAACGAAGAAAAAGAAAACCUCAAUGAGGCUAUGGAAGCUCUUCGGAAGAGGGUCAUCUACCGAAUCCAUCACAUGUCUCCAAUACAGGCAAUUCAAGAGUGUCUCAAAAUACUCGCCACAUUCCUGGUUGGUGCUACCGAGAUCAUUGUCCUGAAGCUUCUAGAUUUGGUGAAAUUGUUUGUAUCUGCUCUUCUUGAUCUUCUCGAUGCUCCUCUCAAUAUUCCGAUCAUCUCUCCAAUAUAUAAGUGGAUCACGGAUGGAGACCAGCUCUCGUGUUUGGAUCUCGUCUGCCUGGUUACUGCAAUUCCCGGGACGCUGAUCUAUAAACUGGCUACCAACAGUGUACCAUUCCCGGAUGAUCCCUUCACCCAGUCUUUGAUCGAUGCGUCAACCUUUUCCGAAUUCUCCGCCUUGCUAUUGGAGCCGGACUCAUCAAUGGUGUCUUUAGCUGCCAAUGCACCAGACCAAGCCGCAGAGGCUCCAGACCAAGCCGCAGAGGCUCCGAGUGGGGCGAAAAGGUUGACGACCUAUCUCAAGGUGUCCGCCAUAUGGGUUGGCGCAGUGAGUGUUGGUUUCGCCGCCCUCAAACGUGAAGGAGAGAUCUCUGGGCAGGCUGUCAACUACUUUGCCGUGGCCCUAUGGUUCGCCGAAAAGGCCCCAGGGAUCUCAGCGAAUUUUCCGUGGCCACCGGGUAAAUGGGUUAUUGUGGGCGAUAUAAUGAUGACGGUAGGAUUAUGCAAAGUCCUCGCGGAUAAUAUCGGUCUUCCUUUCAUUGAGAGGAACCCAAUCUGGAAAGACUUUAUCUCGCCCGGGGCUGGGACGAUCCUCUCAGCCGUGGCUCUCGUUCCUGCAAUCGCCGGAUACGCCGAGAAAAAGAAUUACAAGUUGAGCGAUCAUAUCAGCGCGGCCGCGAUCGCGAUUUCUGCUGGCUGUAGCUUGACCUCAAGUGGUAUGACUGCUGGAUCGGGGGUGUGUGCGAUAAACGAGGCUGAGACUGCUGCCAGAGAGUUCCUCACCCUUGUGGUCAAACAUGUGAUGGAUGGAGCCAAGUCAGCCGCACUGAUCGAAGAGAUAAUUAUCCCAGCGUGCGACUCGAUCAAACGGGAAAUCGAGAACAAAACUAGGGAGCUACUCAUGCCCCACCAGACAGGGCAUCCGAUUACUUACAAUCACUACUUCACAGAAACCCUGCAGAAGAUCCGGGCUGAACGCCAGGAAGAUGAUCUUGCCAAGACCUUAAAGCGGUUCUUUGUGGUUGACAAUCUGAGGCAGCCUUACCACGUAGAACACUCAAUCAACCUUGAACAACUUCUUAAAUCACUGUUGCAUCAAUCCGAACCAGAUAUGGUGCGAUUUGCAUCGAUUGAAGCCCUAGACUGUAUGCUAGCUUACUACAAGUUCAAGGGUAGACAGGUCGCUCUGAAACGGUUGGUUGAUGAUAUUGCCAACCAAGUUGUGGAAGAUAAACUCAUGUUCUCGCUGUCCGGCAUUCUAUCACCAGUGACAGUGUUCGAUAUGCCGGCGAAUCUUAUCAUGAGAAUUGCUGGGGAGUCAAAGGAAAGUCAAAUAAUAUGUGAGCAGCUCAAUAAGAAACUCUUAAUCUUGACCAAGGGCUCGGAGACGGGCAGACGGUUUGUUAGGACCAAGGCCGACGAAGGCAGCCUCGAUCCUCUACUAGUGGAUGGCCACCUGACAAGGGAGAGUAGUUAUGGAUCCAUAUGUGAAGACCUGAGAUCGGAUACGGAAGAACCUGAUUUUUCUGACUCGCCGGAUGAACGAGUKGACCCCCCUGAGGCUCUAGAUGAGGCCGAUGACCAAACCGUGCCGACUUAUUCAGAGGAGAAAAUCAACGCAGGCGUUAAGUCUAUAAAGAAGACGACCAAGAAGAAAAUAGAAAAGGUCGAUAUCGAUGUCAAUGAGCAGCAGGCUUUACGCAGCUUUGCAGCGCCAUAG